GUUUGUUUCCACUGGGCAGUUGGAAAUUGCAAGCGGCUCUUGGGUGAUGACCGACGAAGCAACACCUUUUUUCCCGUCUACCGUUGAUAAUAUUAUAGAAGGGCAGCAAUUCAUUUACAAUGAACUGGAUGUGCUUGCUCAAGUUAUGUGGUCCAAUGAUCCGUUUGGUUAUGGGCCAUCAGUGCCUUAUCUGUUCACCAAGACUGGCAUACAUCGGGCAGUCAUAAACAGGGACCAGAAACUUUCAGAUACUAAUGGAACUGAUGAAAUGUACACACAUGUUUUACCGUACAAUCACUACGACAUCCUAAACAGUUGUGGACCAGAUCAAGGUGUUUGCUGCCAAUUUGAUUUCAAACGAAUCACCCAUUUCUCUUGUCCGGGGCCUUCACCUAUCUCAAUCACUAAAAAUAACGUCAAAAAGAAGCAAGGGCGAAAAUUAUUCAGUGGAGAUGGCCGACGCAAAAUCCAAAUUGUUAAAACGUUGCUUGUUGCGUAUAAAACUAAAUUCGGAACUUUCACGGAUUAUUUUAACGCACUCUUGCAAAGCAACGAGCAGCAAAAUCGCUCAUUAGCUACACUCUCCGGUGAUUUCUUCCCCUACGAAUGCAGCAUUUAUGAUUACUGGACAGGCUAUUAUACAACACGUCCAUUCUAUAAGAGACAGGAACGAGAGCUACAUUUUGAUUUUCUCGAUUUUCAGUCAUUCAUAAGGGCAGCGGAUUUACUGAGCAGCAGCGCUUUCAUACAUUUAUCCACGCAAAAUCGCAAAUUUAUCAAGCAAAAUCUCACCGACGCACGACGCAAUCUUGCACUAUUUCAGCAUCACGAUGCUAUCACUGGUUAGUU